CGCGCUGUGAUCAAGUAUUCGGUGAUAGAUUACGCGAGUGAAGGAGGAAGGAAGAUGGCGGACAAAACGCCUGGCGGUGCGCAGAAAGCUAGCGCAAAGACUCUAUUGGAGAGCAAGUUAAAGUCCUUCAGUAUUGGCAAGAUGUCUGCUGCUAAGAGAACUCUCAGUAAGAAGGAACAAGAAGAAAUUAAAAAGAAGGAGGAUGAGCGAGCAGCAGCAGAGAUAUAUGAAGAAUUUCUUGCUGCGUUUGAAGGAGGAGAUGGAAGUAAAGUGAAAGCUUUCGUUAGAGGAGGCAUUGCAAAUGCAUCAAAAGAAGAAUCUGAAGCAGAUGAGAAGAAAGGCAAACUGUACAAACCAACAUCUCGUUUUGUGGAGCCCAAAAGUUCUUUGCCUGUUGAAAAACCUCCGCAAUUUUUUGUACACGAUAAAAGGCCUUCAUUAAAGAAGGGAGAAAAGGAAAAAAAGAAGAGCAAUUUGGAACUCUUCAAAGAAGAAUUAAAACAAAUUCAGGAAGAGCGUGAUGAGCGACAUAAGAUGAAGGGCCGAAUCAGCAGAUUUGAACCUCUGUCUAGUAUGGAUGCGAGACGAUCUUCGGAUGGUUCUUCAAGAAGAAACCGUCCGUCCAGUGUUCUCGAUGACUCCGCGCCCGGUUCGCAUGAUGUUGGGGAUCCUUCUACCACUAAUUUAUAUCUUGGAAAUAUAAACCCUCAGAUGAAUGAAGAGAUGCUGUGUCAGGAGUUUGGCCGCUUUGGUCCUUUAGCCAGUGUGAAGAUCAUGUGGCCAAGAACCGAUGAAGAGCGUGCUAGGGAACGGAACUGCGGCUUUGUGGCGUUUAUGAGUAGAAGAGAUGCGGAAAGAGCAUUAAAACAUUUAAACGGAAAGAUGAUUAUGAAUUUUGAAAUGAAGCUGGGAUGGGGGAAAGCUGUACCAAUCCCCCCUCACCCCAUAUACAUUCCACCUUCUAUGAUGGAGCACACCCUUCCACCACCUCCAUCAGGGCUUCCUUUCAAUGCACAGCCAAGAGAGAGGUUGAAGAACCCCAAUGCCGCAUUGCUCCCCCCUCCCAAAAACAAAGAGGAGUUCGAUAAGACUCUGUCGCAAGCCAUAGUCAAAGUGGUUAUCCCAACAGAAAGGAAUUUGCUCUCUCUGAUACAUCGAAUGAUCGAGUUUGUGGUGCGUGAAGGACCUAUGUUUGAAGCUAUGAUCAUGAACCGAGAGAUUAACAACCCAAUGUUUAGGUUUCUUUUUGAGAAUCAAAGCCCGGCUCAUGUUUACUACAGGUGGAAGUUAUACUCCAUCUUGCAGGGAGACUCUCCAACUAAAUGGAAGACGGAAGACUUCAGAAUGUUUAAGAAUGGGUCAAUGUGGCGUCCGCCUCCCCUGAACCCAUAUCUGCAUGGGUCGCUUGAUGAUGAGGAUAAGGAGUCUGAGGAAGAGACAACCAAAAAAGGCUCUCUAAAAGAAGAACAAAGAGACAAAUUGGAGGAGAUGUUGCGUGGCCUGACACCGCGGAAGAAUGAUAUAGCUGAUGCGAUGCUAUUCUGUCUGAACCAUGCAGAAGCUGCUGAAGAAAUAGUGGAGUGUAUUGCUGAAUCAUUGUCUAUACUGAAGACUCCACUGCCAAAAAAGAUUGCACGGUUAUAUUUGGUAUCGGACGUGUUGUACAAUUCAUCUGCAAAAGUUGCCAAUGCUUCUUAUUAUAGAAAAUACUUUGAAUCUAAGCUCUGCCAGAUAUUUUCAGACCUCAAUGCCACAUACAAGACGAUACAGGGCCAUUUGCAAUCUGAAAACUUCAAGCAAAGAGUUAUGUCCUGCUUCAGAGCAUGGGAGGACUGGACUGUUUAUCCUGAGCCGUUUCUAAUCAAACUCCAGAACAUCUUCCUUGGUCUGGUCAACCUCAGUGGGGAGAAAGAUGUCGCUCCAUCUGUUGUCGUAGAGCCUGAAGUUGCGGAAGAUCUUGACGGGGCUCCUAUUGAAGAAGAGCUCGAUGGGGCUCCACUGGAUGAUGUGGAUGGUGUACCUAUUGACACUGCGCCCAUAGACGGUGCUCCUUUAGAUGACCUAGAUGGAGUUCCAAUAAAGACAGUAGAUGAUGACCUUGAUGGUAUUCCUUUGGAAGCUCCUAGCCAGUCAAAGGAACCUGCUUUUAAAAUGGCGCCAUCUAAAUGGGAAGCAGUAGAUGAGUCCGAACUCGAAGCACAAGCGGUUACAACAUCAAAGUGGGAAAUAUUUGAUCAGCCCGAAGAAUCUGAAGGAGAACAGAAAAAGGAAGAAGAAGAAACUGACGAUGAUGAUGAUACCAGGAGUUCUCGAUCAGAAGAGCAGUCGCUCUUUUCCAACCCAAUAAAAGAGGAAUCCUCCGACUCCAAAUUUUCUGGAAAGUACUCUGAAAUGAGUGAAGAGAAGCGUGCCAAACUAAGAGAAAUUGAGCUAAAAGUUAUGAAGUUUCAAGAUGAAUUGGAGUCUGGGAAACGACCCAAGAAAUCUGGACAGAGUAUUCAGGAGCAAGUGGAACAUUAUCGUGAUAAACUAUUGCAAAGGGAAAAAGAAAAAGAAGUGGAAAGAGAAAAGGAGCGGGACAAAAAAGAUAAAGACAAAUCAGAAGUUCGUUGUAAAGAAAAGAAGGAAAAAGAUGAUUCAACGCCAACCAGAAAGGAGAGGAAACGAAAGCACAGUGGGUCUCCCAGUCCUUCCCGGAGCAGCAGAAGGGGGAAGUCCCCGUCCCCUCGGUCUGAGCGAUCGGACAGGUCAUAUGUAAAGGAGAGCUCUCGGUCUAGGUCCUCACAUAAAGAUUCUCCAAGAGACACUAGUAAAAAGUCUUCAAAAAGGUCACCUUCAGCACCCAGGACACCCAAGAGGUCUCGGCGGUCUCGUUCUAGGACACCCAAAAAAUCAGGCAAGAAAUCCAGGUCAUCAUCCAGAUCUCCACAUCGGUCUCAUAAGAAAUCAAAGAAAAGCAAGCACUGACGAACAGUGUGCCACCCUCACCCCCACCCUUAGCUGUGAUGUAAAAAGUUAAUGGAGUUGCAGUUUUGUUACGUGCCUGGGAAAAUUGUAAAAAUAAAAAUAAAGCAUUCCUUCCCCCCA